AUGAGCCACUUGCUGGCCUCUCCCCGCUCUCUGUCCUCACCCUCCCUCCCCCCCCCCCCCCCCCCCCGUGAGACCCAGGGGACCCUCUCCCUCCACCCCUUCCUUCCUUUCUCUCCCGCAGCCAAGAUCCUGGGGAAGGUGGGCGAGAGCCUAAGCCGGAUCUGCUGCGUGCGCCCCCCCGUGGAACGCUUCACCUUCGUGGACGAGAACGCAAACCUGGGGACGGUCAUGCGGUACGAGGAGAUCGAGCUGCGGAUCCUGCUGCUGUGUGGGAGCGACCUGCUCGAGUCCUUCUGCAUCCCCGGGCUCUGGAACGAGGCCGACAUGGAGGUGAUUGUCGGGGACUUUGGGAUCGUGGUGGUCCCCCGGGACGCCGCUGACACCGACCGCAUCAUGAACCACUCCUCGAUCCUCCGCAAAUACAAAAACAACAUCAUGGUGGUGAAGGACGACAUCAACCACCCCAUGUCCGUGGUGAGCUCGACGAAGAGCAGGCUGGCCCUGCAGCACGGGGACGGCCACGUGGUGGACUACCUGGCCCAGCCGGUCAUCGACUACAUCCUGCAGAGCCAGCUCUACAUCAACGCCUCGGGCUAGCGCCGCCUGCUCUCUCGGACUGUGCUCGGCCCCGCCCCCGACCCCGCCCCGCGGGCCCCGGCCGGGGGCAGCUGGGGGAGCGGCCCCCCACGCUCCGGCCUGCCCUCAGCAUGCCCUGGGCCGGCCGCCCCCCUCCCGCCUUUCGGUUCCGUCUCUUUUCCUUUGGACCUUCCUCCGGGCCGGGCGUCGCUCCCCAGAGAACCCACAUGACGUCCGCGUCGUGGCUCUGUCUGCGCGUGGGUGGGGCCGCGCCAGCCCCGCACUGGCCGGAGGGUGAGGCCUCCACCUCCUCCUCCUCCUCGGCCCCGGAGUCCCCGCACACACACCACACACACCACGGGUCACGGUGUACAUGCCGCACACACGCACACGCACACACAAUGCACGCACACGCACAUAGCUGUGUACACACAUGCACACGCAUACGCUGCACACCCCCAUGUGUACAACUGUGCACAUGCACAUGUAUACACACUCACUGCACACACAUGCACACACACAUAUACACGGCAUACACCACAUAAACAACAGUGCACACACAUAUACACACUGCACACCCUCGUGUACAUAGUAUAUGUGUAUGUGUACAUGUACACAGUAUAUAUAUACACAUGUACACAGUAUAUAUAUACACACAGUAUAUGUAUACGUGGAGCACACACAAACCCCACAUGUACACAGUAUACACAUGCACAUGUAUACACACUGCACACACACCACAGAUACACAGUAUACACACGUGUAUACAUACUGCACACACCACACACCCCACAGAUACACAGUAUACACGCUGUACACACAUCUACACACUGCACACACCACACCCCCCACGGAUCACAGUGUCAACACUGCACACACACAUGCACGCACAUGUAUACACAUUGCACACAUCCACAAAUACACAGUAUACACACAGCACCCCCCACAUAUGCACACUGCACACACACACCCUGCAUGUACACAUUGCACACACACUGCAUAUACACACUGCACACACCACACAUUCAUGCACGCAUAUGCCACGUGAACACACGCUUCACCUACAGACAUACCACAUUUGCACACCCCGUCCACCCCAUACACCUGUAGACACGUCACAUAUACAUACUGUACCUACUACAAGCACCCCACAUAUACAUAGCUGUACAUACAUGGCACUGUGUAUACCACAUGCACACACUGUACACAUAUGCCACUUACAUACUCUGUACCUAUCAGACUGGCACAUAUACACACACAGUACACACAACAUACUGUACCAAUGCACAUAUAUGUGCACACAUAAGCCUCACUCAGCACACACUCACACACUCACACACGCACCCACCCACGGGGCCAGGCGGAGGUGAGGGGUCCGCAGUGAGACCCAGAUCCAACCGCGGGCUGGUGAGGGGGCUCUGAAGGGUCGGGCGCCCCCCGGCCCCCGGAGCUGAGGCCCCGCCUGGCCCUGGGCCAGCUCCGCAGGGCCUCGGGGGUCCCCGGAAGACUGAGGCGCCCUUGCCCGCAUUCCUGCCACUGCGAACACGACCACGCAGUCCUCGCUGAAAUAAAACAUGCCAGGAAUGUGUGUGCCCUGGA